AUGUUCGGUAGCAACGCACACCAGAAGCCGGCGUGGCGUCACCACUGUAGUUGGCUUCACCUGCCACGUGGGAGACCGCAUUAUCGUUGGCGCGAGGUUAAGGAGAAGGAGACAGCGAGAAUCGACUUCAGGGAAGCCAUUACCCGGGGCGAGACAGCGGGCCUUUUUGAGCAGCUGGAUACUGCCGAUGUUUUCACCACCACCGUCGGCAAUAUACCGCCCGGGGCAAGAGUCGUCAUCAAGAUUAUCUACCUCGGCGACCUAAAACAUGAUAUGGAAGUGGAUGGUAUUCGGUUCACCAUCUCCAACGUCAUUUGCCCACGCUAUGGAAGAUAUCCUCAAGCGCUCUCCAACAACGCCGCCCAAACUGCUCUUAGAAGUGGCAUUUCCAUCACCGUCGAUGCUGAGAUGGCCGAAGGAUCGUUCAUUCAAAAGAUCCCCUCGCCUAGUCAUCCAAUAUCCGUUUCCAUGGGCACGACUUCUUCUGCCUCAAAUGCGGAGCCCACAAUGAGAAAGGCAUCCGCAACGCUCAGCCUAGGCAGCGCCCAACUCGACACAGAUCUCGUCCUCCAGAUCGUUGCUAAGGACACCGGCGUUCCAAAGGCGGAUCAGCAGACCCUGUUUUCGUAUUUGAACGAGCAGGUCAGCCAGCCCAAAGCCCCGAUUCGGGUGUACUCCCUUGGAGUGGGUGCCGGUGUAUCACACUCACUGAUCGAAGGCAUUGCGAGAGCAGGAAACGGCUUUGCGCAGUCUGUUGGAGAAGGCGAAAAGAUGGACAGCAAGGUUGUGAGGAUGCUAAAAGGGGCCCUUUCUCCGCACGCGAGUAACUAUGCCCUUGAGGUGAAGUAUUCGGACAACAUGGCUAUGGGGGAGGAUGAUGAUUUCGAGAUUAUUGAGAAGAAGAAGCCGAUAUCCGUCUUCGACACAUCAGCGGACCCGGACAAAGAGGAACCACCCGCAUACGACGAAACCGGAGAAUCGCGAUACGCCCAUCUUCCCAAGAUUCACGACCCGAAGAUCAUUCAGGCGCCCCAGAACAUCCCGCCCCUGUUUGCCUUCAAUCGAACCACCGUGUACCUUCUGCUUGGCCCAGACGCUGCCCGGAAGACACCGAAGUCCGUCAUCCUCAGAGGUACGAGUGCCCAUGGCAUUCUUGAGCUGGAGAUACCGAUCCAGGUCUUAGAAACCCCUGGCGAGAUGAUCCACCAGCUCGCGGCAAAGAAAGCCAUCACCGAACUUGAGCAAGGCCGGGGAUGGCUUCCAGAAACCAAAGAUGAAAGUGGAAAGCUCCUGAAAGAGCACUUUGAGAGUCGGUUCCCAGGAAUGGUGGAGCGCGAGGCAGUUCGCUUGGGAGUGCGGUUCCAGCAAGAGAAGGAAGAUUGGGAGUGGCUGGAGGACGAGGAAGUCGGCCAGAUGACUCCAGCUUCAGCGGGAACACUAGGACCGCUAUUUAGUCAGAACAUCCUCGCUUCAGCAUCACCUGCGCCUCCUGCACCGGGCAGUUCAAAAUUCGGCUUCGGCUCCUCCAGCCCCAGUCAGCCUACCUCUCUGUUCGGCUUGGCACCCCCUCCCCAAUCAAAUCCCAAUGAUCCCGCAGCAGCCCAGGAAUUCAUGCGCGCUAACAUUGCCAAAGUCUCUGAACGGGGCUAUCGUCAUGAGGGUAUAGCCGCGACGUCAAGCAAUCUUCAUGAGCAGAGCAAGAUGUUUUACAAGCAAGCGAAGAAGUCUAGCUUUGGAGGGCUUUUCGGGGUUUUAUUUGGUGGGCAUGGUAGUUCCCAAACUGCAGCGGCGGCUCCGGCGGCGAAGCCUUCAGAGGCGCAGUCGACAGGAGGGCUCUUUGGCAGUCAGAGCCAAGCUCAAGCUCAGAGGUUCUCCCCCUCUCAGACGUCUCAGCUUGACUACUCCGACCAACACAACCUUUUUGCCGGCAACAGGCCCCCAUCCGGAAUGCCUGCGCGUGUUCCAGGCCCGCACCAGAGAGACCACGCUCUCGAGGACUACCAAACGAGCAUCAUGCUCCUAGAGCAGCAGAAUAAGAAGCGACUCUUCAUAGCGCGCCAGGAGAAUGCGGCUGCAGUACCACCUCCACCUUCGGGUGGAGCUCGUCCAUCGUUACCGUCGCCGGCAAGAGAACCAGCCCCUAGACAACCGGUAGCCAUGGCGAACUUCGGAAGCGCACCAGCCUUCAGUGCUCCUGCUCCUGCGGCCGCUUCACCAUUCGGAAACACGUCGACGGCUUCGCUUUCCGGGAGCGCAUCUACGAAUGUUCGGCCCCAAGCGGUAGGAAGCUCGGAAUCCGUUCGCUGCCCCAGGGUCGACGGGCUUCGGGAGUGCUCCUCCGCAACCUCAAGCCUUCACCGGCGCAGCAGAAGGAUCUGGCUUCGGAUCCUUUACCAUUUACACGGGACGCGAUACUUCCAAAAGUGUGGAGAAUACCUAGAGUCUUUCAAUGUAGCAGACCCCAUGGGUGUGUUAGAGCUUCUGACCCACUCGUCUACGGUCUAUCCACCUUAUCCCUAUGGCGGCCUUCGAUAUAGGAUAACUUUCGAAAGCUGCGUCGAGGGUUAG